CUCAAAUUUUUUACCAAGCUAAGAAACCAACCAUUUCAAACACCCUUAAUCCAACAAACUAAACCAUCUUGAAAUCACCAAUCCACAAUCAGAAAAAUGGUCAUCAAAACAGAAAUGUACCCUUGGGGUGACUAUAAGCAAAUGAGCUACUCUCAUGAAGAAGAGAAGAUGUACACUGAGAACUACUAUAACAGCAACAAUGGCUCAACCAUGCAAAUGGUGAGGCCUAAUAAUCCCACUUGCAUCUCCACCGGUACCCCUCAUCAGCCACCCUACAACCACCACCUCGCCGGAAAAUAUCAUCAUGAUGGCCAGCAGCAUGGCCACAAACACAGUGACUACUUCAACAAAGAAAAGAUGCAUGACUACAAAGAGAAGCACCACUAUGGGGACGGGCAUAUGGUGCAAGAGACAAUCAUGUUCUCUAGUGACAAGUUAGUGAGUAGUGGAGGGCCUUCUCAUGUUGUUAUGGCACCAAAUAAGCAUGAAACCAGGGACUAUUCCGGCGACCGCCGCCAUGCAGUGCACUACUUUCAGCUCAAGAAUUUGGAUGAUUGAAUAGCAUGCAGGCAUAAAACGAUAAUUAAAACUCUGGUGAAAUAAUAAAGGGAGUUUGUUGUGCCAACUACUAUAUAGUCUGAUGACACCUUUGUUACUGGUUCAAAAAUAAUAAUUUCAUUUCUAUUGCCUCCCCAACUCAUAUAUCCAUUUGAAUUGAAUAACAUUAUAAAUUACAUGUGUGCACUA